AUGAUUGUGCCGCUGAUAAUCCAACGGAGACUAGAGGCGGCAGAUGCUCUCCGAUCGAGAGACUCAACAUAUACAAAGCCGGAUGACUUUUUGCAAUGGAUGAUGGAUGGGGCAAACGAGCAUGAUGGAAAGCCACACAAACUUGCCCAUCGGCUUCUGAUACUCACUCUUGCCGCAGUUCACACAACGUCUAUGGCUGCAACUCAAACUUUGUUUGACUUGUGCGCCCGACCAGAAUAUAUGGAACCGCUUCGCAAAGAGCUAGUUGAAACAAUGCUGAGAGAUGGCCACACAAAGCAAACAUUAACCCAUCUCUAUAAGCUCGAUAGUUUCAUGCGCGAGUCCCAGAGAUUGAAUCCUCCCAGUCUUCGUAAGUCGACAGCAACCAUUCAUCUGACCCCGCAAGUUUAGCUAACUUUCCCUGAGUCGGAUUCAAAAGAUGUGUUCGGGAAGAACUCACCCUUUCCGACGGCACAGUCCUACCAAAGGAUACCCACCUCAUGAUGCCAAUUUACCCCAUUGUUGUGGAUAGUGACAACGUCCCAGUUCCGCUAACCUUCGUUGGUUUUCGGCAUUUCAACAAUCGCCAAAAACCGGGGGAGCUUAAUCGUCACCAAUUUGCAACCACAAGUAACACAAAUUUACACUUUGGUCACGGGAUUUUCUCCUGUCCGGGACGUUUCUUCGCUGCAAAUUCCAUCAAGAUGGUCAUUGCAAAUCUUCUUAUUGGUUAUGAUUUCGACUUUGAAGGUGCGGUACAAGGCGUAGGGAAGCGGCCUGAUAACAUUAGGCUGCAUGAGUAUGUGUUUCCAAAUCCUGAGGCGAAG